UUCGUCUGUCCCCACGCAAACUGUGGUAUCGACUUCGCGCGAAUUGGUGAUCUUCAUCGCCAUCAGCGUGCCCAUAGUGAUCCUACGCACCCUUGCAAUGUUAAUGGUUGUAUCAGAAAGGGGAGAAGAGCUUUUUAUCGUCAUGAUAAGCUGUUGGAUCACAUGAGGAAGAAGCAUGGAAUGAUGGUUUGA